CAUUCACAUUCAGGGAGCUUCGUUUUCCGACUACUUGCUCACUUACUACCCUCGACUGAUGUAGCUCAAACAUUAAAACAAAUCUACUAGCUUCUAGUAAAUUGUUUGUUACUUUUUUACAAUACCCACUGCAGACGAAGAGCGAACACUAAAAACCCGCUCCAAAGAUUCCAAAAUUUCAUAUACAUUUCGGGACCUCCUACUCCUAGUUUCGGCAGACACCACUGGCUGCUCAUCACAUUCGACAUCGACACAGCUGAGUGUCCGUUAUGGAGCACAUAUUUUCUUUUCCGGUUCCACGGAUGUCAAUAGGAAUGAUCCAUAUGGAAUGCCCAAUCCCGAAUAGAACUCAACCCGCGGUGGAGUACUCUCCUCUCAACCCGAAUGCCAUGGAGUUUGUUCCCUCGCAUCGCCAGACCCCGGAAAUUUCCAGCAUCAACAUAAAGACUAAAUCAGAGGCCACCACAUCAACAACCACAUUGGCUCGUCCGGAGAUCGUUGGGGAUGCCGUAAACCAAGUGGAGAAUGGAUAUUCAGUACACCGCCAGAUCUUCGAGUGCCUCAGUCAGCUGGGAGAUGAACAAAUGCCACUGGAGGAGGUCGCGGUUACUCUGUUGCCCGGCGGUCGAGGCCUCAACAUGAGAUUCACCACCAAGCAAAAGCCGGGUCAACUAUUCCAGCUGCCGGAUCCCAACGAAACGAUUAUCCACAGGGGUCAAACCCUUCGGCUAGAAGUGGGCGAUCCCAAGAAGUUGGACAACCGACCAGAGAGUGUCCUGGUGGCUCAGUUCCUCUUUCGCGUCAAUGACUUGCUGAGAGAGAAGUACGAGGAUGGCGGAGAUGUUUCCAUCUGCCCCAAAUGCACCCUUUGCUCCAAUCGCAGCUACACGGAGCUUGAGAUCGAGCACCAGAUCGAGGGCAUUAAGGCUUUCGAAAACUUCACCUUCACCGAAUCCACUCGCUACCAGGACUUGGUUUCGCACAAGGCCUUUAAGGAGCUGUGCCGCAAGCUGGGCCUGAUUGUGAGCCGGGAUCAGAUCCACAUCAAUAGGGCCUGCAGUGGACAGUCGCCGGCUGUCUCACCGCCGCCACCAUCGGCCGAGGCCUCGGUGGCCACGAUUUCCAUUCAACAGACGAUCAACGAAAUGGAAACGGAUGUGGAAGCAUAUGCAGGGGAUGACGAAGCGCAGUCCAAUGGACAUGACCAGACACCAAAGGUACAAAGUAACUAUUCGGUGACACCGGAGACUCCCACAGAAUAUGUGAGGGGAAAGCUGUACAGAUAUGAAAACUCUGAGGGAUCCCAGUUGGUGAACCAGCUGUCCGAGUUGGGUGCCCAAAGCUCUGAACUCAUGACUGUUGACGAUAAUGACGAAUCAUCUACACCGACAAAUCCAAUCAUAGCCCCCAGUAAGCCAACAACCUUUCCGCGCGUCUACAAGUCGGCCAAAGCCAGGUGCUCUGUGCGUGGCGGGGGCACCAGCCUCCAGAACGGAGCACAGGCACGCCGGGCAACUCCAUACAGUCGAACUCCAGCGCAGAUGCCCCAGUCCACACUCACGACCAUCCAGAGAUGCCGGCUUCCGUCCGGCGGUGGCCAGUUCCAGGGAACCUCGGCCACCGAUAGCUGCUCGAAAGCCCGAAAGCUACAUACGGAGUCCUGCCUGCCUGCACCGACUCGCAAACAGAACUAUCAGCGGGCAAUAGCGCCGAAGUCCGAGUUGGGGUGCCAGCAGGCGGGCACCAUGAAAGCCAGUAUGGCAGGACGCCAGCCCAGACAGGGAAGACAGCCGGCCAAUGUGUCGAAACCGCAGUUAAAUCAUCUGUGCAAGGGUGCGGCCCAGGGACCAAAUCCAAAGCAGCAACAUGGCAACGCCCUACGUAUGAUACCAAGGAGCACCACCACAUCCCUGAUGCGUCAAUCGGAGGUUAAGCGACGUAUGAGCCUGUUGCGCGGCGAAAGCGACUCUGACAUGCUCUUCAACGAAUAUCUCUUUAAGUGAUUCAUCACUGCAGAUGGGUUGUAUGGUUUUUAUUAGUGCCCUUACAAAAAAUCGUGUUUCAUCGUAACUGUAUAGCCUAAAAAAAAAUUUAAAUAAAAAAUUUUAAUAUUGAACAAAUUAA